GGAGCCUGGGGUUAGAAGCUCACUUGAGGGCUUUCCCCUCCCUCCCCUCCGGAAAGACCCGGGAUGGAGAGCCGAAAGGACAUGGUGAUGUUUCUGGAUGGGGGUCAACUUGGCACUCUGGUUGGCAAGAGGGUCUCCAAUUUGUCCGAAGCCGUGGGGAGCCCGCAGUCCGAGCCGCCUGAGAAGAUGAUGCCCCAUGGUUGCCUGAGCCCACGAGCUGGCCCUCCGGCUAUCCGGGAGCGCGGCGGGGGAGGCCCGGAGGAAGAGGCGGCUGAUGGACUAGCAGGCAGCAAGACGGGGCUGGGCACCGAGUCACGGGCAGCUGGGGCGGCCAUGCUUGGUCCAGGACCCCCAGUCCCCUCCGCCGACAGCCUCUCUGGCCAGGGGCAACCCAGUAGCUCAGACACCGAGUCGGAUUUCUAUGAAGAAAUUGAGGUGAGCUGCACCCCGGACUGCACCACCGGGAACGCGGAGUACCAGCACAGCAAAGGGUCGGGCUCAGAGACACUGGGCAGCAGUCCCAACAGCGGCAGCGAGACUCCCAAGAGCAACGGCGGCAGCAGCGGCAGCGGGAACAGUUCACAAGGCAGUCUGGCCUGCAGUGCCAGUGACCAGAUGCGUCGUUACCGCACUGCCUUUACCCGGGAGCAGAUUGCCCGCCUGGAGAAGGAAUUCUACAGGGAGAACUACGUCUCAAGGCCACGGAGAUGCGAGCUGGCGGCUGCCCUCAAUCUGCCCGAAACCACCAUCAAGGUGUGGUUCCAGAACCGGCGCAUGAAGGACAAGAGGCAGCGGCUGGCCAUGACGUGGCCGCACCCAGCGGACCCCGCCUUCUACACGUACAUGAUGAGCCACGCGGCCGCCGCGGGAGGCCUGCCCUACCCCUUCCCAUCGCACCUGCCCCUGCCCUACUACUCGCCCGUGGGCCUGGGCGCCGCGUCUGCGGCCUCGGCCGCGGCCUCGCCCUUCAGCGGCCCGCUGCGUCCUCUCGACACAUUCCGAGUGCUCUCUCAGCCCUACCCGCGCCCCGAACUGCUGUGCGCCUUCCGCCACCCGCCGUUAUACCCGGGCCCUGCGCACGGACUGGGAGCCUCGGCGGGCGGCCCCUGCUCCUGCCUUGCCUGCCACAGCGGCCCGGCCAAUGGGCUGGCGCCCCGGGCUGCUGCGGCUGCCGCCGCCUCGGACUUCACUUGUGCCUCCACCUCCCGCUCGGACUCCUUCCUCACCUUUGCGCCCUCCGUGCUCAGCAAGGCCUCCUCCGUCGCUUUGGACCAGAGGGAGGAGGUGCCUCUCACCAGAUAA